AUGGCCGGCUUGUAUCUUCCAUAUCCUGACCCGAAGCAGCAGGUCACGCCAGUUGCAUACUCGAAGACUGACCACGAACCCCAGCUGGACGACUCAGUGACAGCGGAGCUCAUCCGGUACUUUGAGGAUUACCCAUUGGAGCGUCCAUACUCGGCACAUUUUGGGGAACUGGGCCAGCGCACUGGACUGCUCCGUGACCUGCUCAAUGCGGCCGAGGAGAGCCAGGACCCAUCGCAGCAGGAAGCUCUAUUAGCUACUGUCGACCGAGGCGCUGCUUCGCUGUACCCUUACCUGCAUCGACCGCCCAAGGGCUCACCCCUAACCGGCGGCCUCUCUCAUCUUCGGUCCUCAUUCAUCCCUGGCUCAGCGGGCAUUGUGAUUCCCGUCGGUAACGCCAACGUGCGCUUCGCAGCGCAGCUCAUCGCGUCGAUGCGCCACGUAUUACGUUCCAUGCUGCCUAUCCAGGUGGUGUACGCGGGGGAGGACGACCUGUCUCCUGACAACAGGAAAUUCCUCGCAGCAGUAGUCAAGUCUAUGGGCCCUCCGAUCGAGUUCCUCGACAUCCUCACCGUUUUUGACGACGAGACUCUACGGCUUCGCGACGGCACCUGGGCGAUCAAGCCCUUCGCCGUGCUCGGCAGCCACUUCGAGAAGGUCAUCCUUGUCGACGCCGACGCCGUGUUCUUGCAGAAGCCUGAGGUCCUGCUGGACCAGCUGGCCUUCCAACGCUCUGGGACUCUCCUCUUCCGAGACCGACUGAUCUUCCAGCACACGUAUUACAUACGACACAAGUGGUGGAGGAGCCAGAUCAAGCAUCCCAGCGAGACCCUCAAUAAGUCGCGCGCCUGGACGGACGACUAUGGCGAAGAAGGCGACUCGGGCGUCGUAGUGCUCGACAAGGGCAGGACGGGCGUGUUGCUGGGCCUGCUGCACACGUGCUGGCAGAAUUCAUACAAGGUGCGCGAGGAGGUCACGUACCAGAUCAUGUACGGGGACAAGGAGAGCUGGUGGAUGGGGCUCGAGCUCACAGGGGCUCGGUACGAGAUGGAGGAGCACUACGCGGCGAUCGUGGGAUGGCCGCGAGAGGCAGUGCUGCCCAAGGACAAGAGGGCAAAGGUGUGUAGCUUCGUGAUCGCCCACCUGGACGAGAACGACAAGCUGCUCUGGUACAACGGCGGCCUGUUGAAGAACAAGAAGAUGCCGAGAAUGGGAUACGAGGUCCCGACGUCGUGGAUGGUGGACGGCGAGUGGCAGAAGGGCUAUGAGAAGGAGGACAUGAGCUGCAUGGUCGGAGCAGAUAUCAAUGAUCUUUCGGGAGGAGAGACCGAGACAUUGAAGACAUCCGUGAAGGUCGCCAAGACCAUCGACGCUGCACUCCAGAAUUGA